CUGCACUUCACUUCCUUCCAGGAGACACUGACUCUCUGUCAGCUGUUGUUUCUGUAGUUCAACUAUGCAGCCGUACAACAAAUCUCAGUCCAGACAGGACCGUCUCCUCUCAGAGGGUCCAGCGGGUCAGGGUCACCCCGGGUCACCCACGGCUUUGGUCUGCACAGCGGAGCAGUCGGCAUCGCCGUGUGUGAGCUGCCACAAGGAAUCUGCAGAGUUCUGUUCAUCCACAGGCCAUCGAGACUGGCACUGCCCUGUCUGCCUGCAGAUAGCCAGCUUCCCUGUGCAGACCAACUGUGGCCAUUUGUUCUGUGCUCCCUGUCUGAUCGCCUACUGGAGACACAGCUCAUGGUUGGACGCUAUCAGCUGCCCUCUCUGCAGACAGAAGGUCAGCGUGCUGUGCCAUCUAUUUAAGGAGAGUCGAUCAGACCGACAGUCAAAGGAAGUGCUUGGGGAAAUCACAGAUUACAACAGACGUUAUUCUGGAGCUCCACGGCGGGUAACAGACUACCUGUGUGACGCGCCCCUCCUCCUGCAGUUACUCGCUCGAGGCCUCGGCACCAUGGGAAGUCUUGUGUGGCUGUUUUUCUUCAGGGUGGCCCUGUGCUGCGUGGGGACCGUGAUGUCCAUCUCCUCCCCUCCUCUGGACCCAGUCUCCUCAUCAUCAGCAAGUCCCCUGGAGUCAGACCCCUCCCUCUGUGGACUGCUUGGGGUGCUGGAUGACCUGGUGGUGGUCAGCCUGCUCCUCAUCUGCGUUAUCAACAUCAAUCAGCAAAUGGUGUCAGAGAGCAGAGGACACUCUGCAAAUACUAUGGCCUCUCGAGGAGUCAUGGGGAAUUCUCUGUAGACAGAUGCUUCUGUUGAGCUGUUUGAAAUGGACUUGUGUUGGAUUUCAUCCUUCUGGCUGUGGAUGGUUGGAUUAGUGGAUGCAGGGAAAUUGACAUCAACUGUGCACGUAAAACUCAAGGUGUCAAACUGUGUCUCAGUCUCCCAGGCAGCAUCAGCCUCCAAGGCCUGUUUGUCAACUGUUUACAGAGCCCAUGUAUGAGUGAGCUGAAAUACAAUCAUGUGCAGUGUGGUGGUUCAGCUUUGCCUAAAAAAAAUCUUCAUAUGCAUUAAUACUUCAUUUAUAUUUUAAAUCUUUUUUUAAAACCUUUGUUGUUUUGGGCAGCAAAUUUCCCAUCUUGUUUCAGCAAGCUGAAGAAAAUCUUUCAUGUCAACACUGUAAUAAUGACAUCUAGGAAAAAUAC